AAGCCUGCAGUAAAACAAGAUAAGAUAAGAAAGAAUACAGCUUUCAAAGUUAAUACCAUUAAAAGCACUAAAGACUUAAAAUAGCACAUACUGUAUGCUUAUUUACAAACAAAAAAAUGUCCGUCAACCCAUACUGCUAAAAUUACAUAAGUACACUUAGGAUAUAAUAGCCCCCAGAACUAGUCACCUCUCUACAGAGCAGGUUUACAGAUGAUGUCAUGUCAUUAUAAGUAGUUAUAUAGUUAUACAGUAUGAAGUACAUGAUGUCCGAAUGAGUCAGUCAGUGGGUUUCGUGCGCGCUACUUCCUUGUGAGGCACCUGUUCCUGCCUCCCGGUUUCCACGGCGACGUCGACUGCAACAUUCCCUGUGACGUCACGGCCAGCCCCACCCCCGCCUCCUAGCGGUGUGCGCGGGUGACGUCAGUGUUGUUGAAAUAGAAUCGCCCUGCCCCUUCUUUGCAAGGAGAUCUCCUCAUACGGUUCAAUUUCCCACAACAAGAGCCGGACUGCGGUGUGGUUGCAUGUGUUUCGCGAGCGAGCGAUCGCGUUGUCUUUUAUAAUCCCGUCUCUGGAGGCCGUGUCAGUACGAGCGGUGCAUGGUCCACAACACGGGAAUACACGACACCAGCCCAAAAUGUCAAGGCAUCAGAAGACCCCUUCAAGAAAUCCGGACAACGUCAUCGAGGUCAAGAGCAAAUUUGAGGCGGAGUACCGGCGGUUCGCUCUGAAGCGCUCCAGCGCGGCUCGAUUCCAGGAGUUCUACCAGCUGCUCCAGUCUGUGCACCAGAUCCCCCGCGUCGACGUUCUGUUGGGAUACACGGACAUUCACGGGGACCUGCUACCGAUCAACAACGAUGACAACUUCCAGAAGGCCUUGUCCUCCGCAAACCCACUGCUCAGGAUCAUCAUCCAGAAGAGAGCAGAAGAAGACGAUGCAGCCGCCUUCGCCACCAACUCGCUGCCGCGCAAGAAGAAGGUCCUAGCGGGGCUGCGGCCGACCCCCCAGAAGAACAAGCAGCACCUGCCCAUCGGGCUGCCCCAGGACUUCCGGCAGAUCUCCUCCAUCAUCGACGUGGACAUCCUGCCCGAGACGCACCGCCGCGUGCGUCUGCACAAGCACGGCUCGGACAAGCCGCUGGGCUUCUACAUCCGGGACGGCAUGAGCGUGCGGGUCACGCCCCAGGGCGUCGAGAAGGUGCCGGGCGUGUUCAUCUCGCGGCUGGUGAAGAACGGGCUGGCCGAGAGCACGGGGCUGCUGGGGGUCAACGACGAGAUCCUGGAGGUGAACGGGAUCGACGUGGUGAGCAAGUCCCUGGACCAGGUCACGGACAUGAUGGUGGCCAACAGCCACAACCUCAUCAUCACCGUCAAGCCGGCCAACCAGCGCAACAACGUGGUGCGCAACAGCAAGGCCUCGGGCAGCUCUGGCUUCUCCAACGACAGCACGCCCAGCCCGGCCUCCCAGUACAUUAGCAACUACAGCACGGCCGAGGGGGACAGCGACGAGGACGGGGACCUCAUCAUCGAGAACGACAACCUGCCCCCCUACCUGCCGGCGGACAUGGUCAACGGCGGGCAGCCGGGCCUGCUGAGGCACCUGCAGCAGAGCGUCUCCCUGCACAGCUCGCUGUCCGACAGCAAGGCCUCGCUCAGCUCCCUCAACACCCACAACGGCAGCCCCAGCAAGACCAGCACCAGCCAGGAGAGCAUGCGCGAGGAUGGCAACAUCCUCACCCUAUAGCCCCGCCCCUUCCUGUCCCACGGGCUCAUGGGAGGAGGGAUUCCAAGGCUUUUAAAGUGAUCCAUGGAACAGACUUGUCUGGUUGUGGAUAAGUCAUACAAAAACUGGAAAAAAAUUGGAUCCUGCGAUACCUUGAUUAUAUCAUUUUUUAUAGUGUAAUACCUCAUUUCUAAAACAACAAGAAUAGAUUUGAAUGAUUUUGGGCGGAACCUGCUCAAAUGAUGUUCCGUGCAUCAAAAACACAUGGAACUCAAAUCUGGAGCCCAUGAAGCAGUCUUUCAAGUUCUGAACACUCCUGGGCUGCAGAUCAGUUGUUGGUUACUGUACGGAGGUGCCUUGGGUUCACUAAGAUAGCCUUACUUUAAUUUUCAUUCUUCGUGCUCAGUCUCUGUCCUGUUUACUUACUCUAAGAGCAGACGUCAUUAGUGAUGCCAUUUCGACUCAAACAAUUCAAUUAAAUGAAAUAGGAACUGUUAGCCAACUGUGAAGGAAGGAAUUAAAAAUGACAAUAGACCGUUCCCAGUAGGAGCACAAUAGCUACAGUCUUACUUCCCUCAUCACGAAACCAGAAGUUAAGUCUUGGUAAAAAAAAAUAUUUGCAUAUUUGUAUAAUAAUGCCCACACACGCAACUCUUCAAUUAUUUAUUGUGCACAAUAGCUUUUACUUUGGACAAAUUACAUCAAGAGGCCUGUUGCUGCUUCUUUAUGUCUGGGGGAUCUGUACUCUGUCUCAGACCAGUACCACACAUUUCUUGGCACUUAUUAGCUGCUCAAUGUGAAAUGGUGUUGUGGCUUCAUAAAUGACACAGGAUCUUUAAUAUCAUUAGCAAGCAACAGAAGAACUACAACUGGUUCUUACAAAAGAACUACAGUCUAAUCAAUAAUUACUCCUGUUUAUUUCCUAUUAAACCAGGAUCCCUGUUGUCCUUUGCAGGGUGUUUAGGAUUUUCUUACCAUCAAGUUCUAAUUUAGUAUUAAUCUCGGAAGGAAAUGUAAUCUCUGUCCUGUUGGUACUGCACACUGGAACAAAAAUGCCAAUAUCCCAUGGAUCUUUCCUCAGACAGGAGAAGAAUUCUGCUUUUUCCGAAUCUUGCGUUUGGUUACAGGAACAUAAUGCAGCCUGCUCCCUGAAGACGGGGGAUAUUUCUAGCGUCCAGCAUGAGUUUGAGAUGUCAUACACCAAAUUUACAGGCACCUUCUGUACAUUAACUCUUUCAGACAAGUGGUACGUGUGAAUGUUAUUUCUGUUUUUAAAAUAAGUCCAACACUGUUGGCUUUUUAGCCUAGCAAAGAGAGAGAGAGAGAUUUUUCUUUUCUUUCUAGAGUGUGAUGUAGCACGAAAAAAAGGUACGGAUGACCUUGGAGACUGAUUCCUGGCAACAGGCUUCUCCUCUUGUGGUACAGCCAUGUGUUUGGGUUGACGAUGCUCAGAUAAUGAAGGAUGAGCUUGUCCUAAGCACAAGUACUGGGGAAAGUUAGUUUUGAAAAAUAAUCCAUUACAGUUAAGAGUUACUUGUGCAAGGGAUCACUUUUUUUCAAUUAAGAAGGUAAAGAAAUUAUUUAAAAAGCCAUCACUUACAGUGCUUUCUGUAGUAUGUGUAUAUGGACAAUGUAAAGUAGUAGUAGUAGUAGUAGCAUUACCUAUUAAAAUCAAUUUCUCCAAACAACUUAUUUAUUUUAUUAAGUAUUCCAUUAGUAACAUGGAAAUGUAAUGGAUUACUUUCAAAUAAUAACUUUUCCCGAUGCUUCCUAAGACACUUACAGUGAUAUACUGUAAGUGUGGGCGUAUUUUGGCAAGGUGGAGUGACACUGGACUUUCAAAAUUCACGUCUACUUUAGGAUGUGGUCCUUACAUCAGAGAGGACAGCACGUGUACAUCUGGAGUAGAUCCAUCUGUCAGACAAGCCCUAUACUGUGUAUGAGGCGCUACACUGUUAAAGACUAAUGAAGGAACUUUAGUUGCACUAAUGAGUCAGUGGAUGCUCUGUAGCGUUUCUGAGUGCUCUAUAGCGCUGCUUUCUGUGGCCGGAAGUCAUGAUCUGAUGAAGGGUACAGUACAUCAUUACCUUUGUUGUAUUUAUUUCACUUUUCCUUUUUUUUACCUAUAUUUUAUUGCUGUGUGAGCAGCAGCGUCUUGACCUCUCUUGCUUUUUAAAUAAACGGAGACGACUGGAGGUCAGAAUGGCGUCAGGCAGGGAGCGAUGUGGCAGCCAGGACAUGCUAGGAGUGAGGUGUUAGUGUGUAAAGCCAGAAUGUUGCAGCUCGUGGGCUACAGCACUGGCGAACCCCCCAAUCCUCUGGCUGAUUCAUGUGCUUUUUCAGAGACAGGGACCAGGGCCCUGGUGUGGCCAGAGUUAGGAGUAUCCAGCUGAAGCACAAACCAUUUCAUAAUCGCUAUAUUGAAAACGGGCCCCCUGAAAUUUCACCUUCCCCUGCAAUCUGCAGCUAGCAGGAUCCAGUCCAGCGAGCACAAGGAGGGAGGUGCAAAUCACAGCAGAGGUGGGGGUGACUACAGUAAACUCACACAGCUGGCUGUGGAUGCUGUCCUGUUCUCUUCCAAUGAUGCACUACAAAACAAUCAUGCAUGUUGUACAAAACACAACUGAAAACAUUUUCAUGUUCACGAGAUGUUAAAAACCAAACCCCUAAUGACCUCAUUGGAUCCUCCACGGUUUCUGUGUUGGAAUUCUGCAUGGGACUUUAAAAUGGGAGUUGUGCAUUUUCAGAUGGAAACCCUAACCAGGCCUGAUUACUUUCUCUUGCAUUCUGAAACAUGAGCCAGAAACAACUGUGGAGUUAAGAAAUGACUUGGGUAAAGGUGCGAUUGGUUUAGUGUUAGGACCACUGGAGAUGAAAAGUUUUUUUUUUUACAGCCAUGUUGAUUUUACAUUUUACCUGACAAUGACAGGGUAAGUUCUAAAAACUGCACGAGGUCCCUUGUGACCCGUGUGUUGGGGUGUAUCUGGGCCGAGGGCUGUGCAGUGAAGUUUGCAGGGAAAAGGAAGAGUUUCCCACCCUCGACAUCAGAAACACCACCAUCCCCUGAGGUUUCACCAAGAAGCACAAUGUCUUUCCCACCCUAACCUGCAGCUGACUACCCUCAUUGUCUAAACGUUUUCCUCACUUCAAACUGGGAAUGUUUACACUGAUGUACAGGCCAGUUGUGUUUCUAAUUUGUAGCAUUACACAUAACAAGGAAUGAAUUCUUCAGCAGUGCUGGGAAAAACAAAACGUAGCAGCAAUGAAUUCUUGUAAAUCACUGGUUCAAAUGUCUUGAGGGAAAUAUUUUGUGUGAGUGUGUGGAAGAAAAAAACUUCAGCAGGGCCCUGAUGAUACUCAAUAACAGUUUGUCACAAACUCUGCUGGAAAUGACACUUCAGGACUAGGCCUGUGCUAUGUGGGGUACCCCAGUUCGCAAUUUGUGUCUCAUCCUACAGUCCAGGUUAGAAAAAUGACUUUCAAACCCUGAACUAUUUCAGGAACAACAGGCUUCUGUUUCAAGACAUCGAUCUCGACAAGCUGAAGUGAGCGUCUGCUCUCAGAGCUAGCCCUCUCCUGAGUCCUGUUGCCGAGUCUUAGCCUGGGCUGUGGAGACACACAUGCAGGUUUUCAGAGCCGCAAAGCCCGUGUCUCUGUGCUCGACUGUCCCUUGCCGAAUAAUGUUAUAGCCCAGUGCAGUGCUUCCGAUGCUGUCUGCGUGACAGAAAUACUAUGCUGAAACCAGCUCCAUUUACAUGCUUUCAGUGAUAGGAAGGCAGAAGUGGACGAUUGCCUCUCUUUCUUCUCCUGUCUCUUGGUGAAUCAGACAACUGAAUAGCGCAGCUUUAACUCUGAGUACUGCUGUUCUGUACAGGACUCCCAACAGUGAACACUGACACUAGAUGCUGCUGAACAUGUUUCGGGAAUGAAGGCUUUUGUGAAGCGAUGUAUAGUACCAGAGAUGCAGAGAAGGAAAUCUAAUAGGUAUCUCUAUUAAUAUACAAAUAUAAACUCACAUUUGCACAUACAGUAGUGCUGAAACUGAAAAUGAUACCCAGUUCUGAACAGGUUUCAAAUACAUUUGUUCAUGUAGAUUUAAAAUUCUACUUUUUUUUGUUCACCAGUGGAAGGGGAGUCGAACUUCAUGCAAAUCCUCAAAAAAUGUUGAAGGAUAUUAGACAGAUUUUCUUCUACUUCUUCCCCGUGUCUAAGCCAGUAUUUCACAUUUUUCCUUCAAUGCUAUAAAAUGCAUAUAUUACACAUAUAACCCAUAAUAAGCCAGUAGGUAUUUUUUCAAAUGCAAGGACUUUGCCAAAUAAAAAGAGAGUUUUGCAAACCCUUGUUUCCACCAGUAGAGAUUUGAGCAUUUCCACUCAUAUAAACCAUACUGUAAUGGUUAAGACUCUGUUCCGUGGCUGGUGGGUUGCAGGUUCGCGUCCCUGCUGCAGACACUACUCUUGUACCUUGAGCGAGGUACGAUACCCCAGUCCUCCCAGCUGUAUAAGUAGGGACCAGCAUAGCAGGGGGUAAUUCCUGAGAGGUUCGUGGAUCUACCUACUACCUGUAUAAACAGUUAUAAAAAUGAAAAUGGGGGACAGGAUUUUCUGGGGGUACCCUGAGAGAGAGCACUGAAUUAUACCCCAGGGAGACCACCAGCUUCGCCCCUACCCCACACUUUCCACUGACCAGCUCCUGUGGCCACACUCCCAUCAUGUACUGAGCAAUGAGUUUUUUGUUACGCUGUCAUUGUAUAUGUAUAAAUAAUAAUAAGAAAGAAGGGACAUUUUUAUUAACUUGGGAGAUUUUGUAUAACAGAACUUUUAUAUAUAUAUAAAAAUAUGGACAGUAUUUUUCUUAUUCUUGUAUGUUUUUUGUAUCUGAGAAUCCUGGAAACGACUCUGCUUCCUAUUUCUAGACCUGAAACUGAAAACUGAAAAUUCGGUGGAGCUUUGUAUUUAUAUUAUUUAAUUGAAUCGAAGGGUUCUGGGUGUACAAUACUGUGAAUGUUACAUAAAUGUAUGCUGAUUAUAAAAUAUUAUCUAAAGAUAAUAAAAAAGCUAAACAGAA